CUAAUCCUGUUGAAAUCUCCAACACACAUUGAAUCUCCUUCCACAAGUCGUCCUGUCUCCUCAUAGCCAACCUUCAAUUGACAUAAAAGCUACGGGAAUUAUUUGCGUAACCUCUUGUUAAUCAGUGAUUGCGGGUUACACAAACGGGCUGAUCCACUGUCCAACACACACGCCUUACUAGAUCAAUCAAACACAAUCGCGACUGGGAGAUAUACACCGUGAAUUGGUCCUAAUCCUAGAUCUGUCCUUCACCGAUCUAGCUCAACCCUUCCAGAAUACAAUCUAGCUCUAUAAUGCCUCGCGUCACACGCGCUGUCUCGCGCCGCAACAACACUCAUGAUAUAAAGGACCCUAUAAAUCCACCCCAUACGUCGUUAAUUGAAGCUUCGAAUAGUACAUCAACAUUUCCCAGUACACGGAGAGCUCUUGAAGAAACAACUGGUAACCACGACCAUACUCAAAUCUCGCCUGAGAACAUUUCGAUCGCUUCAAAGUCAAAACGGGAAAAAGAGGAGAUUACCAGAAAUAACCCGACAAGAAGAGUAACAGGUAUACAGUUAAAAAGAUCUCGAAGUAUAAGGGACCUAAUAAACCCGGAAGAACUUGGGAUAAAGGUAUUUGGGAAUACAUUGUUGGGUGACGUUGAUAGACACGGCGAGCAAACCCCGCCUACUCGGACUGGUAACAACCGCACGGUGGAUAGUCAACGAGGACAAAAAGGCGGGUAAACUUGAGUUUUAUAUAAUAACCCCAGAUCCAAUGUCCCAGGUCAUAGAGGAACAAGUUUCCCCUAAAUCGCAGCCUCUACAGCUAGUUCCAUCGCAGAUUACCCAGACUCCACGAUUCGAUCCGGAAUUGCAUAAAAGUCCGGUAAAGGAGGAAUUAGCUGACGAAGACGAAGAUUCCUUCCUGCAAUCUAUACGUCCAGCUUUCAAAUCAAACAGCAAUGACAAAUGGGCCAAUCCUGAGACACGAUCCGUGUCAUCCACGUCUCAUGCUCAAGCUAGAAAUUACCAGGAUAUCGUAGACCCCUUGGAUGCCAUAGAUGCCCUUGAAGAUGCCCUUGAACAGAUUGGACAGGCCCUGCCUGUCGUGGAAGAGCACGGGCUCGACUCUCCUCUGAGAGCAGGCACUCCAGCUGAUGGAAUCCGUUCGUCACGAAAAAACAAUACAAGCAUAGCUUCCAAGAAGCCCAAUGCAGCAAUCCAGCACCAACGCAGCGAGGAUGAACAGAGGUCGCGACCUAGAGAAGCAAAGCUCUCUCAACGUCCUUCACUGUCUAUGAAAACUAGGCAAUCAUCCGUCGCUGCCGCGCUUUCAACGAAGAACUCUGAUCGGCCUGUCAGCAAACCCGCCCGUUCAGCAUCAACCGAUUCUAGACCAGGUCCUAUUCGUGCAACCAUAUCCAGGAAAAGCAGCCAUCCCAACUUAUCUUCGGAUACCAUGCCAACACUGACAUCUCGGACAACUAAGGCCCGCCCCAAUUCCACCGCCAUCAAUAGUAUAUUAAAACCUGGAUUUACACCAUCUAAAUCUACCAAACCGCCCACACGCCCAACAUUUGAAUUGCCAGGGGAGGCCAUAUCAAGGCGCCAGAAAGCGCAACGUGAAGAGCGCCUGAAGCGGGAAGAGGAAGAGCUACAGCGAAGGCGAGAGUUUAAGGCGAGGGCGUUGCGAAACUACUCUACACCGUCCUUGCCUGUGAAGGAAACAGUUGCAAGCCGGAGUCGCGCGACGCUCAAUGCAGAGGAAGCGCAACAAAACAUAAACACCCUAGCUAAAAACCCCAGAAGGUCCGCAUCACUUCAGUCACGGAGGUCCAGUGCGCUGGCGUCUACCAGAACCAGCUCCUUGCGCAGUGCUGUGACAAGGAACGCCGCGUCCAGUCACACACAACCAGACACAACGGACACCCCGGCUACCCCAGCACGCCUUGCGAAGCUCAACACUAGACACAAAGAUUUAGACUCCAACAGACCACCCCCCAGGGACCAAGACAACCCCAACCCCAGCGAGACCUCGCCAGUAUCUUCAUCUUCCAACAACAAUAACAACAACAACCUAACCACCCCAACCACUACUACCACCUCGACCUCGACCCAGAAAAUGAUAGAUGGCACACUAUCCGUGCAAAGGUCGCGUGGGAAAGAGAUAUUUGCGCGAGAUCGGAUCCACGAAAUCGAACGGGACCGCGAGCGGCGAGAGAAGGAGGAGGCAGCGAAGCGAGCCCGGACUGAAGCGGCGGAGCGGGGUCGGUUGGCUAGCCGCGAGUGGGCGGAGAAACAGAAGUUGAAGCUGAAGCUGGCUAGGAAGAGUCAGACGGAUUUGGCAAUGGGAUGAGAAGGGUUGAUUGAUUCGGGGAUUCGGAGAUUGGGGUAUUGAUAGAUGGAUUGAGAUACGGAGUUUCCAAUAGGAGUUUUGGGCGCAGGAGAGGAGAUAACUGGGAGUAGGGGUAUUGCUUUUAUUUAUGACUACUGCUGCUGCUGCUGUUUUCCGGAUACCUUUCCGUGUUCUGUGUUUUGCAUUCUACGUGAUUUUUUAUUUAUUUUUUUCUUUUUCUUUUUUCUUUUUUGUUUUUCUUUUUUUUUUCUUUUUUUUCUUUUCUUUUUUUUUUUUUUUUUUUUUUGCAUUAUAGUUUUCUGCACUUGGCAACAACAAUUAUCUAUUUAUUUAUCUGCUAGACGGCUUGUAAAACUAUCAUCGGCCCGGACUCGAUCAUACUCGAUCAUACGAUCCCUCAGCCCAAUGUGUCGAGAUUUUUUGUCUAUUUUUUUCGCCUCUCGCCUGUCAUCUCGCCAGGAAGCAAGUAAGUUAGUUCAGUUAGCGGGUCCGAUCAGAUCAUUGGAAGCCACAUACGUCAUGCGUCACUGCCGGGAUGGAUGGAAUCUCUUCUCUUUGCUCGAUGAUGGUUGUGGUUGUCCGUGUGAUGGGUAUGAUAAAAAAAAAAAAAAUUAAUUUUUUUUCCGGCGCGGGGAGGAGGUGGUGGGCGGGGAACGCGUGGCGCAACUGGCAUAAAAAAGUAAAUAAAGCGAA